AUGGAUAAGGGCGGUAGGUUUGUUUCAAAGCAAGAAAACACAGACAAAGAAUAUGUAGCUGAAUCAAGCAUGGAGAGUGAAUCAGAUUUCGGAGAAUGCGAACAACCAGCGCAUAAACCGCUGAAUAGAUUCCGAAACUCAACGAAUGGACGGUUUGGUCGAGCAUGCAAACGUGCGCCGGAUAGUGAAGCUUCUGGUGUAGAGGAACAGGGGGCAAGCAGCGACUCUGAAGAAAACUUGGUAGAAUUGUAA